AAAAACAUUAUAAUUACUUGCAUUCGAAGAAUCUCUUCACAAAUGGACGCUUCAUUUGCCAAUAAGGCCAUGAUCUUCCUAAUUUGGCUUAUGGCUCUCACUUUUUUCAGAUCUGCUUGGGUUGAAGCUGGAUGCAGCAAUGAACAGAACAGAGCUCUGUUGGAGAUCAGAAACUCUACACACGGUCUAGCAUUCGCCGAUUUUGACGGGAGUCAUUGUUCAUCAUGUUGUCGGGCACAUGGCAUAAGGUGUAACGCGGAUGGGAAAGUUACCAGUAUCUAUUUGCGAAUGCAAUCGGCACCAUCAACCACAUGGUAUCCGAACGUAACUUCGUUCAUCUUAUUCGAUGAACUUGAGGUACUUGGUCUUAUCAACAUGAACAUCGGAGGAAAGCUUCAACCUUUUUGUGAACUGAGGAGAUUAAAAAAUCUAAGGAGGUUGAACCUUUGGAACAAUACAUUGGAAGGUAAUAUUCCUUCUUGUCUGGGGAUGUUAGAAAACCUCGAACUACUUGAUCUAUCGCUUAAUUUCUUUCAUGGUAAUCUACCCUCAUCGAUAUUCUCCAACCAGAGCAAGAUUGAGUGGUUUCUUGUUCGUGAUAAUAAGUUAGAAGGGGUCUUGCCAUUUUCCAUAUUUGCCAAUGCUUCUAGACUCAAAUACCUCCAGCUUUCAAGAAACGCUUGGGAAGUUGAUACGGAAUCUCCUUCGUGGGUGCCGACCUUUCAGCUGACCGAUCUGUUCAUGACAAACUACAGCCUCAACAAGAAGAAUGGUAACGUUGUCCCAAGCUUCAUCUCCAACCAGUCUUUAUUGAAUGUGCUAGACUUGUCUGGAAACUCAUUAGAAGGAAGCAUACCUUGUCAUCUUUUCUUCAACAUGCAUAUCCGAGUUUUAUUCUUGAGUGGUAACAAAAUCGAAGGUUCCUUUCUUGAUUGCUCUGCUAAUGGAACUUCAUCACUUGAGUGGCUUGACAUAUCUCAUAAUUAUGUCAAUGGUUCUCUUCCAGAAACUAUUGGGCAUCUCCUUCCACGCUUACGUUAUGUUAGAAUAUCCUCAAAUGCAAUAGAAGGCAACAUUCCCCGUUCCUUCGGUAAAAUGCCUCUCGAAGUACUAGACCUUUCUUCUAACAUGCUCUCAGGAACAAUACCACGGAGUUUGACUAGAAAUGGCACGCUACUCGAAUUUCUAGAUUUAUCAAACAACAAAUUGCUGGGAGAGAUGCUACCAAGGGACUCGAACAUGACAAUGUUGAAGUUCUUACAUCUUAGUGGCAAUCACUUGAGAGGAGUCAUCUCACCCACCAUAUCAAACAGUCCGUCUUUGGCAAUCCUAGAUAUUCGAGGCAAUGACUUGUCUGGUAAUAUUCCAAAGUGGUUAUAUGAUCAUCCUCGCUUGGUAGCUGUUCUUUUAAGUGGAAAUCACUUUGAAGGUCACCUGUCCAGAAGAAUGUGUCGAAUGGAAAGACUACAAGUUUUUGAUGUCUCUCAUAAUCGUCUUUCAGGAGGUAUUCCUUCCUGCAUUGAUAACAUUACUUUUUGGAAGCAGAGAUCUCCAAGCCCUACUUACUCCAAUUAUUUCACAGAAAAUGGCCGUAUCAAUUACGUGUUCCAGGAAAAUGAUAUAAUGAAGUUUGGCUUUGACCGGCAAAUUCUAAUGUCCCUGGUAAUAAAAAAUAGGGUAUAUAACUUCACAGGUCUCCCUCUCUUGCUUAUGACCGGAAUUGACUUAUCAUCUAACCAGUUGACAGGUAGCAUUCCUUCUGAAAUGGGAGAACUUUCACAGCUUCAGUUCUUGAACUUAUCAAGUAAUUCUCUAACAGGAUCCCUUCCAAUCUCUUUUGGAAAGUUGAGAAGCAUGGAAAGUUUGGAUCUUUCUCACAACAAGUUGAGGGGGAGAAUCCCUUCUGAAUUGGUUGGACUCACUUCUCUAUCUAUAUUUAGUGUUGCCUGCAACAAUCUGUCAGGAAGAAUCCCACUUGAGCGUCAAUUCUCAACUUUCACAAGCCAAUGCUAUGAGGGUAAUCCGAAACUCUGUGGAAACCCCCUGCCAAGAAAUUGCUCAACCGCAAACCAACUUGAACCUGAACAUAAAGAGCAACAAAAGGACGAAAAAGAAGGAAAUAGAAUGAUUGAUCACCCUAAUUUCUUCUUCUACGCAUUUGUAACUAUGUCCUAUGCACUCGGGUUUUGGGCUUUCUUUGGGAUCCUAAUCAUUAAAAAGAACUGGAGGCACAAGUAUUUCAAUGCCGUGGAUGGAUAUAUUGAGUCUUUGUUUGAACUAUUCUCUAAGUACAGGUGAUUAUCAGAUCAAUUAAGUAUGCAAUGUAAGCAAUUUUAUGAAAUAUCUGUAUUUCAAAGUAUUGCUUAUCUUCAAUAAAGAUGGAGCACUUCUAGCUUAUAUUGAGUAUUUGUUUGAGAUGCUGGCCUUUUACGCUAUUUUAAAUGAUUUAGUUCAUUUUCUUUUUCCUGGCUUCUUAGGACCAGUGGGAAUAGACUUUAAUGCAGUCAGCGGGAAGUCAAUUUACCUUGGCAAUAAGUACUACGCAUAGAAUUAAGACCCUCUUUAUGUACUCGUAA